AUGUCAUAUCCAAGCAACCAGAACAGUGAGAGGAAUGCAGUGCAGCGGGUAGCUGCCCUUCCCCUCGUCAGCUCUUUUCUACAGAACGUGAGUUCUGUGUAUGAGGUGCUGAGAGACCGCUACCCUCUGCUGGGCUUCAUGGGAGACAUGUCUGGCCUCGGGCUGCACUUCCUCCGCCUGACUGCCCGUCAGCGGGCCGGACCCCUGAUGCAGAGCCUCGAACCGCAGAUUGAUGCAGUCAACCACUAUGCUUGUAUGGGAUUGGACAAUAUGGAGAAAAACUUUCCAGUCCUGAACCAGUCAGCAGAGGAGGCAUUGGCUCAUCUGAAAGACGGCUUUUACCUGACUGUAGAUGAUGUUCAGACUCGUCUAAUUGAAGAGAUGGAGAAUCUUGUGGAUGCCACUUGGGACCUGCUGAUAACCCUGCAGAACUCCGAAAUGGGCCAGGUUGUGACCUCAAGUCUGGACGAGGUCCUCACACGUACCGAGGAGGCUGUCUCUCACUACCUGCCUCUGCCCCCAACCAUGCGGCAGGAAUUCGAGAUCAGGGCUCAGGAGUAUGAGGACAGCGAUGACAAUGACGAACCUGGGAUGUGGACGCGUGUGCGCUGCCUUCUGCUAAACCUGAGUCUCCAACUGUACCACCGAGCCCUGAAAUUGAGGGAGCAGCUGUACCGCGUCCUCUUGCCACUAGGGGUCGUUGCUGACACAGUGGGGCUGACUCAAAUGAUGGAGGUGGUGGUCAUGAUGCUACCGAACCUGAUGGCUUUCUACAUGUCUCAGGUGAAGCAGAUGAGGAGUCUAGGGGACCUGGCAAUGAAUCAGCUGUCUGCCCUGGUCCAGACCCUCCUGAAGCUGCCACCUGUGCAACAGAUCCAAGCUCUACCUACUCAGGUGGUGGAGGUGGUCAGCAACCUGCAAGAGCUGACCAGGGUCCUCAUCCAGUUACUGAUCAACACCACUCCCCUCUACAACAUGCUGGAGGAGCCAUCAGAGACGGAGCUCCUGGACUACCUCAAUCAGGAGGAGCCAUCUGGGGAAUCUGCACGCUGUGGCUCCUCCAACAACCUCUUCCUGAAGGCCAUGGAUGGCCGUCCGCGGCGCCGCCGGAGUUUCUACGCGCGCUCUCGCAAGUGCUCCAUUCCUGCGUCUGACCCCUCUGCCCAGACCAAUGCAGUGUCCACACCCACCUCCACACCCCUCCCGGUCAAUGGCCGCAGGGGUAGCCUGAGGCACGGCAGCCAUCCCGAGCUAGAAACCCUGGCUUUGCCCCCGCCCAAUAUGAUCCGCCGCAAGUCCUCCGCGGCAGAGGUCCUCCUAGCGCCUAUCAUUCAGUUGGUCUCCCAGAGCAAACGGGCCUUUGAGUAUCUGAGCUCCACUCCAGACCAGGAUGAGUCCCUGACUCAAGUGGAGGAGUCCAUGACUCAGGUGGAGGAGUUCAUGAUUCAGGUGGAGGAGUCCAUGACCGAGCUAGAAACCCUGGCAUUGCCCCCAUCCAAUAUGAUCCGCCGCAAGUCUUCCGCGGCCUUUAAGUAUCUGAGCUCCACUCCAGACCAAGAUGAGUCCAUGACUCAGGUGGAGGAGUCUAAGACUCAGGUGGAGGAGUCCAUGGCCGAGCUAGAAACCCUGGCAUUGCCCCCGCCCAAUAUGAUCCGCCGCAAGUCCUCCGCGGCCUUUAAGUAUCUGAGCUCCACUCCAGACCAAGAUGAGUCCAUGACUCAGGUGGAGGAGUCCAUGACUCAGGUGGAGGAAUCCAUGACUUAG